AUGAGGCGACUGCGUGGGUGUAAGGGGAAGAGGGCGUGCGUCGGGCGCGAGCGACGCUGCCGGCGAAGGGCGCGCGCCGUCGUGGCGAUUGACGGGCCGACGGCUGAAUCAUCGCUCAGCGCGGACGCCGUGCCAACGCCGGGCAUCGAGUGGCUGACUCCGCCGCUCGCCCGGGCGCGCUCCGCUCAGCCGGGCAGCGCCUUCCCGCCCGCUGGGCCCCGCAGCCGCCCCCACGCUGCUCCUGCUGCUGCUGGCGACGGCGACGGCGGCGGCGACGCGCCUCCUCCAGCGGCUGAGCGCGUGCUGAAACGAGAGAAAAAAGUGAAAAUAAUAUGUGAUGUAUAA